GUCCUUAGUUUGGCCAUGUGUAGUAUGCUUUGAAUGACCUAAUCUUAUACACCGUACUGUUGUCUCACUCUCAGCUAAUAUAUCCCCAUUAUAAAGCCUUACAACUCCAAGUCAAGAAACCAAAUUAAGUCUUAGUAAAGAUUGCAAAGACAUCAAAGAAAAAUGAAGCUUGUUAUUGCAACUCUGUCAAUUGUUAUUCUUGUUCUUGCCUCAUCUUUUGUUCAUCCAUCCAUGGCUCUUAAUGAUGCAAUCAAGCCUAACACUAAUCUGGAUUGUGGUUCAAUGUGUGGUGCGAGAUGCAGUAAAGCAGGACAUGAAGGCUGUAUGAAAUUCUGCCAAAUUUGUUGCCAGAAGUGCAAUUGUGUACCAUCAGGGACCUAUGGCAACAAACACCAAUGUCCUUGCUACAGAGAUAUGAGGAAUUCUAAGGGCAAACCCAAGUGCCCUUAAGAUUUUUCGCAGGAUAAAUUUAGAUCUCGUCACCUUUCCCUCUGUCCGCAAAUUAUUGUCACUAUAAUAGUCGUAUAUUUGUUUUGAAUUAUGUAUGGGCAUAGGUUUAAUUAGUAUGCUUUAAAGAGUAAAUUAUGUACGGUAUGUUUCACUCGAAACUCCGAAAUAAAUAAAUUGGUGUCACUCAACAUCAUUUUACUCAUAUGUACCAUUUUGUAUUAAUGAAUUUCAUAUUAUAUUGGUAAUUUGU